CAUUUUGAACAGGCUGGACUGGUAUGUGGAACAGUCUCGAGGAGAAAAAUAGUUUCUCUGUCCCGUGUUAGUACUGCAGCCACACAACCGGCUAUCUUAACGGCUCAUUUAAUUAGCAAGUCCAUGAGGUGAACAGAAACAGCACUGUGGUCUAUAUAAAUCCAGUUGAUGACACGGGGUGCGGAUUCUCAGGAUGAGUUGCCGAGAUCCACCGGCGGCAACAGAAGUAGCGCGAAGGACAACUGCAGCAUCUGCCAGGGCCGAAUAAACCACAAUCUCCCUCUGUUCUCUCACCCUGACGAUCAGUUGCACUGAAAGCAAAGCGCUUGGUGGGAAUUCCAUGCAAGGCCGUGAAGAAAAGCAGAAGAGAUGUUUCAGCUUCCAGUGAAUAACCUCACUCGGUUGAGGAAGGCCAGGAAGAAAGUCAAGAGACUGCUGAGUGAUAUUGGCCUUGACUACUGCAAAGAGCAUGUAGAGGACUACAAAGAGUUUGGCCCCAGUGAUUCUUACAUGAAUCAAGUCUACCUUGAUGUUUGUUUUUGGGAUCCAUCCUGGACAAAGGCACAGGACUACAGGACGAAGCAGUUUUGCUGCUCAGAUUGCCCAUUUGCCUCAAAGUAUUUCUCUGCCUACAAAAACCACUUCCGCAAUGUUCACAGAGAAGACUUUGAGAGCCGAAUCCUCCUUAACUGCUCCUAUUGCACAUACAGUGGGAACAAGAGGACUUUGGAAACCCAUGUCAGGCUCUUCCAUAUGCCUCACAAUAUGGUGCGACAGGGUGCUGCUGGUCCUCACGGAGCCCAGGUUGGGGUAAGGGAUGGCAUGCGCGUAGACAAGCCUUUGCCGGGCGAUCGAAAAGAGCUACCGGUGUACUACUGCAAGAAGUGCACCUAUCGAGAUAGACUGUACAAUGUGGUGCGCAGGCACAUCUACAGGGAACACUUCCAGCAUGUGACAACACCUUACCUUGGAAAAAACUCAGAGAAGCAAGAAAACAGUGUCGAGGCACCUGGUAACAGUCAUGGAAUCCACUGCAAGAGCUGCCACUUUUCGCCCCGUUCGUAUGAAGCACUGGUGCAGCAUGUUAUCGAGUUCCAUGAACGCAUUGGCCAUCAAGUCACUGCUAUGAUUGGACACACCAACGUCAUAGUGACUAGGCCCCAGGCGAACAUAAUUCAGAGGGGCGUUACAAUCACUCCUGGUGUGCGUCCUCAGACGCCUCAAAUGAAUCGCUUCAGUAUGCCCAAAAUGGCGGUGUUACCUGUAGGCAACCAUUUCAAGCCAAGUGUUGCAGGCAACUCUGUGCUUGGUCAACCAGUGCGCAUUACACUACCUGAUAAAGCUUUCAUGUCUGGUGCCGUCUCACAGUCACAUGCAGGAAAACCCCUGGGCGGCUGCGGCGUGCAUGGUGCUACACAUCUUAAUGCUCAGUCGGCUUCUUUCUCACCCUCACUGAAGAGCCUACCUCUCUCUUCAUCAGUGCAUGCUGCUACUGCCACUUUGACCUCACUGCAGGGUAAGAAAGCCUCAGCCAAUGCUCUGAACACCGCACAAACACAGAAGUGGAAAAUUUGCACCAUCUGCAAUGAACUUUUUCCUGAGAAUGCAUAUAGUGCUCACUUCGAAAAAGAGCAUCAGGCAGAAAAGGUGAGAGCCAUGGCGAAAUAUAUCAUGAAGAUCCACAACUUUACUAGCAAGUGUUUAUAUUGUAACCGUUACCUUCCCAGCGACUCUUUGUUGAACCAUAUGCUUGUGCAUGGGUUAUCAUGCCCACAGUGUCAUUCCACAUUUCAUGAAGUCGAGAAAAUUGUAGCACAUAAGCGGCUGGCACACCCUAACGAGGCAGGGGAUGCUCCCACUGGCUCUCCUCUCACAUUUGAUCUCACACUUCAACAAGGAAGUCCCAAAAAUGUUCAGCUUAUUGUAAUUACCUACAACAUGAAGGAGACACCGGAAGCAUCUUCAGCUGCUCAGCCACAAAACAGUGCUGUGGCCAGGUCCAUAAAGCCAGCUGCAAAGCCGCCAGAGAAUCAGAGUGAUUCUGUUGGCCGAAACCUGUCCCAUUCUUCAGUGUCCCAGAAGAAAGAAGUUGGUAAAACACUCUGCCCUCUAUGCUUUUCUAUUCUCAAAGGUCCCAUCUCAGAUGCCCUUGCCCACCAUUUACGGGACCGCCAUCAAGUACUUCAAACGUUGCACCCUGUGGAGAAAAAGCUAACAUACAAGUGCAUACACUGCCUGGGUGUGUACACUAGCAACAUGACUGCUUCCACUAUUACGCUUCAUUUGGUCCACUGCAGAGGCGUUUGCCAGACACCGAAAGGUCAGAGCAGCAAGUCUAUCUCAACUGCACUGCGCUCACCUGGGGCUGGGUCUCUCAAGCGCGACUUUGUUGCACCAGAUGCAUCUGACCCCAAGAGGAGGAAAAUGGUAGACCAGUCUAGGUAUUACCCGACAGGUUUUGUUGAGAAGCCAGAGGAGCCUGUUGUGUUGGCCUUGGAUCCCAAAGGCCAUGCUGAUGGGUCUUACGAGGCACGAAAAGCUUUCCUUACAGCGUAUUUUAAUCGGCAUCCCUACCCUUCCCAACGGGAGGUUGAGAAACUUGCUGCAAGUCUCUGGUUAUGGAAGUCUGAUGUCUCAAGCCAUUUCGCUAACCAUAGGCGCUUAUGUGAACGGGAUUUCAUCACCCGCAAACCUGCUAUAUUACUAGGCUUUAACAUGAAGACGGUGUGCCAGCUCAAGCAUGACAUGAACUUUGACGCCAAGUGGCUGUUCGACGUCAACAAUGAAGAAAACAGCGGAUUCUCAAGGACCUCAACAUUUAGGCCGAAGGCUCCUGUUGGUUUCUGUGCAGAUGAUGGUGCUAGAGCUAUGCGAUUCAAGGAGGAGAAGCUGACUUUAAACACUGGACAAAGUAGUCAAAGCAACUGUGCCUUCAAGCCAUGCCCUGGAUCAUCCUCAGAACCUAUUGCCAUUGACUCUGACAGUGAUUCAGAGCCAGAAGUGAUGUCUAAUGAAAAUAUGAAACUGAAUCAACAAGCUGCAGCGUGUAGGCCUUCCACAAAAGAAACAGUGCUGCAAGAAAGCUUCCAUUAUGAAAGUGAUGUGAGGGGUAGUGGAAAUUCUCCCAGAGUUGGAGCCAAAAGUCUAGAUGGCUCUGUUUCUGGCUCCAGUCCUGAAGAGGCAACCUGGUCAGGCAGCUUGUCUCCUGAAGAGAGCCACUACAGACCAGCAGGACGUUUUGAAGUGAAGGGGAAAAAGGUGGGGUUGCUUGGUAGAUGAUGAUGAUGCUUGUGGUGACAAUCCCCACUUCUAGAACUCUCCGUGCCCAGAUUUGUCGGUCAGAGUCAUUGCCUCAUAUUUGGUUGACAUCAAACGUUAUCAUAUGAACUUGAACUGAAAGUCUUGGAAAGCCAGAUGGGUUACACACUUUGAACUUAAAGUACUGUUUACUUGCAAUUCUGCUGUCAAAGAGCAGAAAAACUAAUAUACUGUAUGAUUUUUUUCUUCAACCAAUCCAUAGUCCUUGGUGAUCCCCCCCAUUUUUUUUUUUUUCUAACUGUUCUCUGUAUUUAAUCAUACACUUGUUGGAAUUGUAACAAAAUUGAUAGGUUUAUUGUUUUUUCUUGAUCAAAUAAAAAUUGUGUAAUUUA